AUGAGGGUCGUCGGGGCUGCAAAGCCGGCGAGGAUGUCUUCCAUGGAGCGGGAGCCCAAGACGCUCUCCCUCGGCGAGCUCAAUUACGCCAGGGAAGCAGCGCUGUACGUGCUGACCACGCGCUCCUCGCAGGACGCAGCCCGAAUCUUCACCGAGGGUCUGAAGCCGGUGCUCGGCGUCAGGAGGAACUCCACGGACUCUGACUCGGACGAUGACGAGGAAGGGGACGUGUUUGAUCCGGACCUGCUCGUCGACGAUGUCGACGUGCGCCGUAAUCGCCGGAUGCGUGGGCGCAUCGCCAAGAAACGAGACUUUGCUACAGCACCCUUCUAA